AUGUCCGGUUGGAAAUUGACACAAGCGUUGAAGGACAAGAUUAGUCAUUUUGCCAGCUUCCCACAAACUGGGGUCUCUUUGCGACAAAUGGUCAUGUUUGGUCAGAAUCCUUCGGCAGGCACGCUGAUGAGGGCCAGCGAGUUUUUACAUGAGGAACUGCCGAUCAGAUUGGCCCAUCGGGUCAAAGAACUUAACGAGCUGCCCAAUCGUCUCAAUGAAAUGCCGAGCAUUUUGAAAGUUCGGGAUUGGUACGCACAGUCCUUUGAGGAACUGGUGAACUUUCCCAGGCCAGAAUUACCCCCCGAGCUAAUAGCCCACUUCGAAAAAGCGUUCACAAAAGGAGCCCCACUUCCAGCGUUGACCCCGAAUCCGAGUUUGCCACCUCACAUGCAACGUCCCUUAAUUGAUACCACAGGAAAGCAGCGUCUGGGCUUGAGUCAGAGGUAUUAUGUCGAUCUGGGAGAUGUGGUCUGGCCUCCGGAGGUACACGAUUACAACGAGAAGUUUACCCAAACGCUUUCAGUCAUCAAACGCCGACACGAUCCCGUCGUCACAACGGUAGCCCAAGGGAUUCUGGAAUACAAGGACUUCCUAGCGGGGCCCGGCCGGAGUGGGAGCGCCAAGGCCUCCCAAAACCCCAGCGUGAUCGACCGCUCUGUCCAGACCUUCCUCGACCGGUUCUACAUGUCUAGGAUCGGCAUACGUGUGCUCAUCGGCCAGCAUAUCGCAUUGAAUAAACUCGAGCCUCACCCCGAUUACGUCGGCGUGAUAUGCACAAAUACUAACGUCUACCAAAUCUGUCGCGAGGCUAUCGAUAACGCUCUGUUCAUUUGCGAGGAACAUUAUGGUUUGUUUAAAGGUCCGCCAGUCCAAUUAGUCUGUCCUAAAGACCUAGCCUUUAUGUACGUACCGAGUCAUUUGAACCACAUGGUUUUUGAAGUGCUAAAGAACUCGUUGCGAGCCGUGGUUGAGACGCACGGGGUCGAUGCUGACGAGUUCCCGCCGAUCAAAGUGAUCGUCGCGCAAGGUGCCGAAGACAUCACGAUCAAGAUUUCCGACGAGGGGGGAGGGAUCCCCAGGAGUGCGGUCGGCUUGGUAUGGACGUACAUGUACACGACCGCCCAAGCGCAACGACUUGACCGAGACUUCGAAGGCACGGAUUUCAAAGCCCCUAUGGCUGGAUUCGGUUAUGGUCUGUCGAUCGCGCGUCUCUAUGCUCAGUACUUUGGGGGAAACCUGAAGUUGAUAUCCAUGGAAGGAUACGGGACUGAUGUUUAUUUGCAUCUCUCUCGAUUGUCAACUACCACCGAACCCUUACAAUAA